AUGAUCCUCUACAUCAUGACUCUGGCUGCUCAGACAAGAAUGCUGGCCGGGCGCUUCCCCAGCCCUUCAGGCACACCGUUCGAUGGCGACGAUCAAGACCAAGAAGCAGAGAAGGAUUUACUGCGCCAACAGGCCGAGAACCUAUUCCAAGUGUCAUACCAGUCUCUUCGAGAUGUCAUGGACGGAGCGGGCAACCAUGUGGAAAGUUUUGAAACAGACCAGACGGACGAAGUGUUCGAAGACCCUGACAAAACUCAGUCCACCCAGCUUCAGCUUUGGAAGGAGGCCUCGGAGAGGGAUAACACAACACAUUGGCUGUACGAACUUGUCUUUUUAUCUUAUGUUGAGUCACGUUCCGGGCUUCCUACAACGGCUAAAUCCUCCGACGAUGAGGCGGAGGCUGAAGGAGUCGUCCAGAUAGAUGGCUUCCCGAAUGAGGAACGAGCACUGCUGGCCGGCAACCCUCCAGAGGUUGCAGGGGUCGGUGAGAAGCGACCCAGCGGCUCCAAGGGCACCGAAGUGCCAACCAUUAAGUUCAAGGAUGCUGUUGGAAGGAGGUUCAGCUUUCCGUACCAUCUGGUACAAACAUGGGCUGGCACCGAGAAGCUCAUCAAGGAAGCCUUUCUUCACGUUGAAGAUAUCGGACCACAGGUUCAAGACGGCCGUUACGACAUCAUAGGGCCAUCCGGUGACAUAAUACUUCCAUCGGUUUGGGAGCAUGUCAUACAACCAGGAGACGCCUUCACUAUGCACAUGUGGCCACGGGACAAAGUUCAGCUGCAAGGCGCACCUCAACAUACGCCGAAGCUGGUGCUAUCGGUUCAAAAGCAGUCAGGUCCAAGCCCAGGAGGGGUUGGAACGGUUCUGGGUGCCCACGGCAGCAGACGUCACAGCCACGUGGAAUUUGACAAGACCUCUCAACAGCAUCCCAAUACAUAG